CCCUCCAAUAGCAAUACUCUGCUUCUAUCCCCCACAGUAACUUCUACUGCAAUAAAAUAUUACCAAGUUGGAGAAAGUUAAGACACCAACAUAGCCAUCCAUGGCUAUAGCAACUAGUACUACAAGAAUGCUCACUGCCUGUCUUCUGCUCUAUCUUUGUCUCUUCACUGCUCCAAGAAGCUGCUCAUCUUCAACUUCAGGAGGAGGAAUGGUAAUUGAGGGCUCCAAGCAAGGCAUCAUGGUGAAUCCAAAUGAUCUCCCUCUAUAUUACAAGGAUGAUGGAUACCACCAAGGGCAAGAAGAAGUGAAGAAGAAGGUGGAGGUGAUGAUGAUGAUGAUGAAGACAAGGAAGAUGCUUAUGAUGGAUGUGGCCGAUUAUGAUGAAACUGGGGCUAACUCUAAACAUGACCCUCGGAAGGGCAGGCACCCUUAAUCAUAUUAUUAAGAACAUUAUAUUAUUAUAUAAUAUCCCACCUUAUAGUAAUAUUUAUUUAUGUUUAGCAUCGUUAAACCCAUGAUCAUGAUCAUUAUUAAGUAAUUACUAAUUAUUUACCAGUUUCGGAUAGCUCCAGAUUUGAGAGAGAUGUAUUAAACAUGCUGCUUCAUUGACUAUACCGCUGGUUUAGUUUAAUUACUUUUGUACUAUGAGAUUAAAGAAUAAGGGAAGCAGCUGGU